UCUUUGUGGGAGCAAUAUGACAACUCAAAACCGGCUCGGUGGCAUUCCCUGUUUGCAGUCACAGCAGACAUCAUUUGUCCCAGACACUGAGAACAGAGCUUCGUGCAACGCCCUGAUAGGUGUGAAUUUUCCAGGAUUUUAACUAACAACCUUAUUACUCAUCAUCAUCAUCGCUGCUCUUUUGCUAACAGCAGGCCACCUUGCUGAGAGGUUGUGGGAGUGCGAUGACGGGGCCUGUUGCUGAUGACCUGGGACACAGUGGGAAGGAGAACGUGUUGACCCGACCGCUGUAGAGGAAUGUGGCUAAGCUGUGGGGAGUGGUGGAUCAGCUCAGUGUGACCAGAAGAACAGACCGCCUCGUUAUUACACUUAUUGUGCCUUAUUCGUGGAAGGCCACGUCGCUUCAGGUCUCAAUGGACUUGCUGCAGGACUCCAGUCGGACCAUGUGGGGUCUGAACGCCCGCCUGAAGGGCUUCCUGGAGCAGGUUAACAGGCUGCAGGAGGCCAACCAGAGGCUGGAGGCUCAGAUAGCCGAGUGGGGUGUCAGGAGCACCUCACACUCCCGGGACUGGUCCCAGCAGGAACAGACUGUCAAGGAUCUCCGUACUCAGGUUGGUAACCUGCUGAUGGAGAAUGCCCAGCUGGCACUACAGUCUGACAGCAUGAAGUCCAGAGCUGCUGCCAUCCAGGCCAGGUGUGAGACGGAGGAGGUGAACACCAGGCGUCUGGAGCAACAGGUUGCUCUGCUCAGGGAGUCAAAGAGGAAGGCGGAUCAGAACAGCAUCACGCUGCAGGCAGACCUUCGGCACUCCAUGACAGAGCUGCAGGAGAUGCACCAGGAGUUUGAGGCAGCCCGGGCUCUGCAGCUGCAGCAGGCCGGCUCCUGUGAUGCUCUGUUAGCAACGGCCACAGCAGCAGCAGGAGGGGAGGAGGAGGAUGGCACAGGGAUGGAGCUCACCCAGCUCCUCGACCGAAUCAGAGCACAGUGCGACCAGGGCAGGCUUCCCGGCCUGGGCGAGAGACACCUCGGCCUGGGUGCCGCGUCAAAUCCACUCCCCGGCUUGGUUGGGGCCAGCCGCUCUGGAGCAGCAGCAGCAGCAGCAGCAGCAGCAGCAUCCAGAACACACGGACUUCUCAGUGAGGAAGAGGCAGCAUGGACGCAGGUGAGCCUCGGCGGCGCUGCCCUGAGAGAGGCCCGGGCCGAGCUCGCUGAGGCCAGGAGGCAGUGGCACUCCCUGCAGGUGGAGAUCGAGACCCUGCAUGCCAUGGAGAAAGGCCUGGAGAGCUCCCUACAGAACACCCAGCGGCUGUACUCCACCCAGCUGCAGGACCUUUCCCAGGUGAUAGCUGGGCUGGAGAGUGAGCUGGAGCAGGUGAGGAGUGGGCUGGCCACCCAGCGUCAGCGCCACAGCCAGCUCCUCAACACCAAGAUGAGGCUGGAGCGAGAGAUCGGCACUUACCGACGUCUGCUGGAGCGUGAAGAGGGCAGGUACAUGGGCCGAAAUGGGCAGCCGAUGACUCUGCGGCCUUGGAGGUCUUCCAUGGAGGAGCCCAAGGAGAACGGACUGGAGAACGGCUUCAGUGACCCUGCUAUUACUCCAGAUGAACCCAAGUCUGAGCCCCUGCCUGAAAUACCUUCACUGCUCCCAGCAGACAGUGGGCUAAAGAAAAGCGUACUGCAUCGACAGCAAAGCCUUGUGAUACUCACAGAGCCAGAGCAAGAUAAGGACUUGCCAAUCUCCACUGUGAAGACUCAGGAGAUUCUUCAGGGCAAUGUGGUGCGGGAGAGUGCAGAGGGUCACGGCACCAUUGAGACAGAGAAGAUUGACAAAGUGAUAAAGCAGUGGGAGGGCUCCUUCUUCAGGGGGAAUCCCAAGCUGCGGAAGAAGUCUGUGUCGCUGCGCUUCGACCUGCACAUGGCUGCGGCAGAUGAGGGGUGUGCCCAGACUAAACAGGACAGCCUCCCUGACGUGGAGGUGCGUCUCAUCAUGAAGAGAUCUCGCAGCAUCCCAACUAUCACACAGUAGCUCUCACCGGUCGGCCAGAGUCAGCGCUGCUUCACAGAUGUUUGUGGUAACACUGGUGAUGUUGAAGUUACAGAAAUAACAGCUGUGUCAUUGAGAACUGGGAUAUGACCAUCCAUUGCUGUCAUGCUUAAUAUGAAUUUUCAAAUCACAACCUUCAUUGAACUUUGCAUCACAGCUGAUGACUGAAACAGUUUUCUCUCAUCUAAUCUUGACUCUGGCAGGAUAAGCUUUACCCGACAGGCUUUUGUGCUGAUUUAAUGGGGCCAUUUUUAUAGUGUCAAAAACCCACAUGGCAUAUAUCAGACCUUCAUUCAUUGCCUUACAGAGGAUAUCAAUUUAAUAUGUAAACAUAUUUCUAGAUCAAAAAAGUGUCUCUCAAUACCAUCACUGUAUCAGUAUGAGGUCACUGGACAGAAGAGAUUAUAUUGACCGUAUGACUCUGCUUAACUACAGCAUUUAAUUCCAAUUAACACUUGGUACAGGAGGCUGAGUGCACAGAUAGAUGGAGAUAAAUGGAGGCGUGGAGUCACAGAUAACCAUGAGCUGCUGUGAACUAUCUAAAGGUGGAUAUUUUUUUUGUUUAAUUUCUUUAAGAGACUGUAUGAAAAUAAUUAGGGGGAGGAGGGUGCAGAAGAGGAUGAGGAUUAUUUAAGGACUGCAAUGCUAUCUCUUCAUUUAGCACUUGAUUUAUCACAAUAGAUUCUCCCAAAAUUCACUUUGUUCUGCAUCUCAUGAGAAAGCAGAACAACAAAACAACAGGGCUAGAAUAUUUAGCGAAAAGAACACAUUAUUUUGUUUGUCAAAAGCACAAUUCUUUGUGCACUUAUUGAAGGAGAAAUGCAGCUUAUUCUCAUUCCCAGGGCAUCACAUAUCACCGCUUUGUCACACCCCUCAGCGUGUGAUAUCGACGCCAAAGGCACCUGUGGCGUUGAUAUUAGGCCACAGCUACCAGGCUUUCAGCAGAUUCAAAUGUAAACCCAUCCACAACAAUUCCUUUAGAGAGCGACUGACAUUGUAUGAAGAGCAAAAAAUUGUACUGUGAGAGAGAGGUGAGGUGGUCAGGUCAAACACAACUGGACUUUCAUCCAGGAGACCAGUCCGUGUCCUGUGUGAAACCAGAAGUCCGUGUUGUUUAACCUAACGUUUGGAAUUUAAGCCUGCUCAUUGUGCACUGACGUAACUCACAUGAUGUUGUUGCCUAAACCUAACCGCAACCAUUUCACAACAUUAACCACAUGUUAUAAUGUGUUUAAGUUGUGCAACCUGUGCGGCUUAGACGCCAAAGGGGCGUGACAGUUUAUUGGUAUUUAACGACCUGGGAUGAGAAAGGGUUGUAAAAUGAGAUGUAAGAGUUAAAUUGGUCUUUGACAGAUGACAUAGAACUCGCUGAAACCAAAGUGCAUUGUGGGUCUGAUUGCCCUUUUUUGAGGUAUUCUGGGUUUUUUUUUUUGGUUUUUUUUUUAUUUACAUUUGCUUUUAUGUUAAAAUAUAUAGCACUAAAUAAUUUGACAUUGCUUAAAUAAUUAUAUUGUAACUUUAUCACAGUCUAAAAGCACUGGUUGUAGACCUGCAGCAAUUAAUUGAUCAGUUGUCAAGUAUUAAAUUAGUUGCCAACUAAUUUGAUAUUCUAUUAAACGGUUUGAGUAAUUUUACAAGAAAAUAAAUAUUAAUAUUUUAUAGUUUCGUAACUCCUCUAUGACAGUUAACUGAAUGUAUCUGGAUUGUUGGCAAGACAUUGUAGGACAUCGUCUGAGACAUUUUUCACCAUUUUCUGACAUUUUAUAAACCAAACACUUAAUCAAGAAAAUACUCAACAAAUUAAUCAACAAUGAAAAUAAUAGUUAGUUACAGCCUUAUUUUUUUCCUUUCUAACCAGUGGUGUUAGUGAUAAGCUUAUUCUGUUAAUAUAUUGUUUUAUCCAGUGUAACUGAUUGCUUAUCGUAAACAUCUUCUAACAGACAAUUUAUUACUUCUUACAUCCUAUAAACAGACACUGACUCAUUCAGUGAGCACUUAAUAUAAUUUGGUAUUAAUUUUACCUCCAUGCUGAAUAGACAUGAUGUUUCCCAGGUAAUGCUCGCCAGCCAUAACAACACAGUUUAAUUUUUUUUAGGAUGUAGGGGCAUCUACUGGCAGAAAUAGAAUAUAAUAUCCUGUUGUAUGUUUUCAUCAGUUUAUCAUCACCUGAAAAAAAUAAUCAUGUUUUCAUUAACUUAGAAUGAGCCAUUUAUCUACAUAUAGAGCAGGUUGUCUUCUAAAGAGUUCACUAUGUUGUUCUAGAACAGACAAACCAAAUGCUAGCUCAAGAUAGGGCCAUUUGCAUGGAUACAUCGGACACAGUAGUUUUCCUACAUAACUAGCACACAGGGGAAGUUUCAGUUUUGCAACCUCACCACUAGAUGUCACUAAAUCCUACACACUGGACCUUAAAAUCAAAGUUCUACUGAGUGAAAUGUGAUGCCUAAUUUAGCAAAAGACCUCAGUGACAUUAGUUAUACAAAAUAGUGGUAGUAUAAAUAACUUUCGGCAAUCAUUUUUAUAUGAUAUGAAAUAAGUACAGUUGUAAAGAGGCCAUUGGUGGUGGUCAAUGAGCUUCAACAUACUUAUAGUGUCUGAACUGCUCACAGUUAUGCACAAUGAUACUGUAAACAAGAUCGUUUGUAUCAUCCAAGUAUGAGGUUAAAGGCAGCAACGUGGGGUUAGCAACUUUUUGCUGUCGGGGUAUGUGGAUUGGUGUUGCUAAUAGGUAACAGUUUUGCCAAAUAACAGCUCCUGACAUCCACACUGAGUUUGUCUUGGUCUGGUAUUCUCUAAGUUUGCUUUCACGUCAUCUGUCUGAUAAUUUAAUGGGUUGGAUAACUUAUUUGUUGUUUACUGUACCGCUCGCUGUAGCUAUACCUUCAAAGUGGCGCAUCAGGGACAUCACACACGAUACACACACGUGGCUGACAAAGACCGAUAGAGCUGUAGUACUUUAAGAUUUUGUGGAGAGGGGCGUUGCACUUCUUUUCUUAGUCGAGGGGCCCUUAUAAUUUCCCUACAGUCCCUAAACGCUUGCACUGCAGACACCUACAGCACUUAGAAGAACAUCAGCACUGAGAGAGAAAUCCAGAUUGUGUGUACUUUGCAAGUCUUUUGUCUUUGCAGUUCAUUCUCUAUGUUGAGAAAAAAAAAAUCUUGCAACACAAAGUGAUAAUGUAGCUACAUUUUAUGAUGCAUUAUCACAAAAAAUAAGGUAAAAAAAAAUGCUUACUGUAAUCUCAACGGCAGUGAGGCUCUUAACACUCACCAUGUGUCUCAGAGAAUUUAGAUUCCCUGUCUUAACCAGAGGAGGGCAGUAUUUGUAAAUAGUUAACACUGCAGUGUAUCUUCAAUGCUCAACUCCGGGUUGUGUAGCACAUGCUAUCUGUUACACCUUAGAUUAAGAGUUUUUAUGCUAAACUUUGAGUUGGCACCAAAGAUAUUUAAAAAUAUAUAUAUAUAAGAAGAAAAAGGACCAUUGUGCAUUGCAUUUGGGUGCCUCAGAAUAUAUUGAGAAUAUUUAAAGAUAUUAUCUAUGCAGUUCUGUGCUUGAUUUUGCUUUGCUUCAUGAAGCACACUUCAUUUUGGGAGCUCUGUAACUUCAGAAUGAAGCAUUAUGCUUUUAUCUAACAAUUUAUCAUUUCAAAUAAAAAAAUAAAUAUG